AGUCUCGUUCCGUCUAUUAAACUGAGUACAUCGAUGACGUCGUUCUAAAGAGUUUUUAUUAUACAUUAAUGUCGCGCAUUUCCGCUUCCGGCAAGCGAAAUACCCCAUUGUCUGGUGGUCGGGACAUGUCAGAGAGUGAAGAGGAUUCAAUGAGUGGCGCCGACUGGCCUGUGACGGAGGAAUGGCUCCAAGCCGUCCUUAAGGAACACCACAAAGAUUUGCCCGAUCCCACGAUGAUAACCGUUUUAGAUUUCAGCGUGCGCCAGGGAUGCGAGACCGGAGAAAGUGUCCUUAGCGAUAUUUUGGCAGUUGCCGUAAAAUAUAGUUUAAGGGAAGAACCUGUCGGAGUGACGCAUAGUUUAAGUUUUAUCAUAAAACUCCUGCCCCAAGACCCGUUCAGCAGAUUUUUCGUGACCGAGGCACAAUUCGAUCUUAGGGAGAUAAAAUUCUACACGCAAGUAGUUCCUGACCUGGACCUAUUUAGACAAAACACAGCCGACGCCGAAGACAUACGACUUCCUAUUCCAAAGUGUUAUUAUGCCCAUUAUACGGCAGGAACUAACGAUCCAGAGCCGACUCCUCCCGAAUCCGUCCUAGUUUUAGAAAACAUUAAACCCUUAGGCUACAACAGCGCCGAUUUUGCACGAGGCUUGACUUUACGUCAAACGAAAUCAGCCGUAGAAUCAAUCGCUCAAAUCCACGCCCUGUCUCUGUGCAUCAAAGUGAAAGAAGGAAAACCUAUUACAGAACGUUAUCCGUUCCUGUUUCAAACAAACAGAGCAUCUGACUCAUACCAGCAGCUAGUAGAGCGUGGUCUGCCGCAAUUAUCUCAGUUUUUGGAACGGAGAUCGGGCUUGGAAGAAGUGCUAGCAGCUUUGAACGAGCUUAGAUCGCAUACUAAAGAUAUAAUUGAAAAUUUGUUGGCGCCCGAAGAGCCUAUGGCUCUUAUAACCCAUACCGAUUUUUGGUGUAACAACCUUAUGUUUAAAGAAGAUGAAGAUAAUUGUAUAUGCGCAAUUUUAGAUUGGCAAAUGGUGACUUAUAGUAGACCAACGAACGAUUUAGCUCUACUGCUCAAUAGCAGCGUUCCAGCUGAACUGAGAAGAUUACACACAGGGUCCUUAUUGGAUGGCUACUGGGUAUCUUUGGUAGAAACUUGUAGGAAACUGAAAUUAGACGUAGAGAACGAAUUAGGUUAUGACAGAAAAAAACUAGAAGAGGACUUUAAAAAGUCUCAACUGCUAGCUCUUUUACUAUGCAUAGGAUCCGUCGAUUUGGCCAUCGGUAACGCACAAAUGGAGGAGAGAUUGUUAGAAUUGCUGAAAGAUCUAUUCGAAGACGGCUUGCUCAACGCCGAUGUAGCGGCCAAGGCUCAAAACUAAGUGAUAUUCGAUGCUAAGAUUUUUUUCAUUCUUAUAAUACUCAUUCUACGGAGUAUUGGUUGUGACGUAGCGAAACGACCGUCAUCUUGAAAAAAUCAACUAUCAUUUUAUUAAUUAUUAUAAUGUUUUAUUGUAGUUAUUUAGUGGCUUAUUAAAUGGUUAUAAACGC